AUGACUCAACAAUUGCUCUCUGAGCAACAGCGUCCUAUCAGGCAGUCCAACAAGAAGAAAAAGAAUCCCCACGACACUAUCCUUGAAGCUUGUGGGAAGCAACUUAGCUAUGGCCAUUAUUCAGCAACCAUACACAUUCUCUCUUCCAAUGGAAUUCAACAGGGAGAAUCUCUUGGUCCCCUAUUAUUUUCCCUGGCCGUACAUCCUAUUGCUGAAAAAAUUGCUACUCAAUGCAAUUUAGACUUAAAUGCUUGGUACCUAGAUGAGGGAACUAUUGCAGAUGAUACAAUGGAGGUGGCAAAGGCCCUGAAAAUUAUCCAAACUAAUGGUCCAUUAAGGGGUCUACAUCUGAAUGUAGCCAAAACCGAAAUAUUUUGGCCUUCCUUUGAUCCUAGAAGAGACGUAAAAGGCACUUUCCCUACUGAGAUUGGAAAGCCAUCUAUUGGUGUGAAGAUUUUGGACGGACUGUCAGCAUCGAUUUGCAAUAUUGCAGUGAUAUGGUUCAGUGCAAAGUUGACAAAACUGUGCAGCUUAUGGGCAAGUUGCAGUGGAGUCUCCAGGCUCUACUUCACUCUUCGCACCAACAACCCUCUUGCAAUACAGAACGCUGCUACACAGUACGAUAAACACCUCAUGCAGUAUCUGCGCAACAUUAUUGUGGGUGAUGAUGCUGGUUUUGGCUUGCUCCAACAACGUCUAGCUACACUUCCAAUCAAAGAUGGAGGCUUGGGCGUGCAUACCAUGGAAGAUACAGGGAAUUAUCGUUUUCUAGCUUCAUGUGCCCAGACUCAGCAUCUCCAACGCACUAUCUUAAAACAGUCAUCAGUAUUAGACUCUAGCCCCAGCUUUUAG